UAAUGCAUUGAUCGCAUUCAGCAGGCGAAACCGUUGUACAACUACAACGCUAGCGGAAUCGUUCAUUAACACGUACCCCAUGGAGGGUAGAGAUGACCAAGUUGUUGAAGAUGAUUCACGUUCGGGACGGUUUCCAAUAACAGAUGAAAAUAUCGAAAAAGUCAGUAAUUUUGUUCGAUCUAACCGUAGGCUAAGUAUUCAUGCGAUUGAUGAAUCUAUAAGAAUGUCUGCUGCAAAUUGUCGUCAUAGAAAACGUGUAAAACUGGUGCCUCUAUCCAUCAACAGCUUUUUAGCAAAGUACAACAUCCCAGUGUUAGACCAUCCACCUAAGUCGCUGGUUCUCGCUCCGUGCGACUUUCCUAACGCCAAAUCUGCAUUAAAAGAAACAAAAUGUAAGUCUCUGGAAGCUAGGGAAGAAAAAGCGGCGCGCGUUCUGAAGGAAAAUUCGCAUGGAACCUUGUAGGGAUAAAGGAGGUGAUAAUAAAUUAAUAUCCAUAUCAAAAUGUAUAAAACCAGUUUGGUUAUUUAGCCGUAGCCAAACCUCGUAAAACCCAAUAAAAACGUAUAUAGUA